ACAGGAUGGGCCAGUAUUGGAGACUAAUCAACAUCGACAUCAGGCAGAGUAUCAGGUUCGACUCUCCGGGACUCAGCGAGAUGCUCAUAUGGCGCGAUCCGAACCGACUGAUCUGGUUGCUUGCUAUCCCUCGUAAGCCCAAGCCGUACCAGCGCUCUGUUGAACGAGGCCACAGCAAGGACGCGCGUGAUCUCGGCAUGCUGAAUCUCCCCUUCGACGUCCUAGACCUCAUAUUCGACCAAAUCGACGACAGCUUGGAUGUGGCCUACCUCGCGCUCACCAACUCGUUUCUCCGGGUCAUCGGUGAGAAACACAUCUACAGGUGGAUGUGCUUCUACAAUGGCCGGUGGAACCUGGAGCGUCUCAUCUAUGCCGGCGACUGCCUCCUGGAUGAUGACUUACCUCCCAAUGUCUUCAAGGAGAAAGAGAAGGAGUUGCUCAGCGGUCACAAUCCCGAUCCCAAGUCCGGCAUAUGCAACUCUUGUCUAUUCGACGCGUUCGACAUCUGGCUCAAUGAUAAGGAGGAGCGCCAGUUAACCCGCGCCGAGCGCCGUGAACUGCGAGCGUUGGUUGAACUCGACUACACAUGGGAUGGGACACCAGAGACGGAGUGGAUCCUGUGUAACUGGACGCUUGCACAAUAUGUCCGCGCCAGCGCUGUCGCCGACCUCACCGGUUCCGUCUGUGAUGGCCCCUGGACAGACAACUUCCUCGGCCUCGGCCAUGUCCUCCUCUCGCAGAUCUGCUGGUCGUCGGACAUGCAAUACGAACAACCCAUCCGCCGCGGCGAGUGGGCUGGGCACUACGUCGCCAUCACCACUGUGGACCAAUUAACACGGAACCGUAGCUUCGCGGACAAGGAGAACUGGACGGACGUGACCGACAAGGUCGUCGGCGAAGUCUUGGAAAUAUGGAGAGCCAAGGCACCUGAGAGACUGGUACCGCACCUCCGGCCUGAAGGCUACCUCAACGACAGGACUCCUGAUUUCACAGACGAGGAAUUUUUGUAAAGUCAACAGGAGAACGACUCAGACGUUUCCGAGUCGGAUAUACGACAAGCGAACUGGGAAGCUGUGACGGGAGUUGCAUCCAGACGACGCCGACGGAGUACAGAGCAAUGAAGGAACACGAACCUAGGUGAACUGUGUCUCCCGAUGUCUUGCACGA